AUGCACCGAGUCGCUGACUUGCCCAUGGAGACCACGUCUCCAGUAGCUCCAUUCACUCUAGAACCACCUGAUGAACGCCACAGUCGCGCACCAGAAUUUUACGGUUUUGUAGCUUGGACUUCUACAUCUGUCUUGUUUGUUCUGUAUGUGCUAUGGGCCCUGCUCCCAGAUGAAUAUAUCGUCUGGCUGGGCGUGGAAUGGUACCCGAGUAGGGAAUGGACUCUGCUUCUCCCGGCAUACUCCAUUGUCCUCGUACUUUUGACGUACUUUGUCUAUUUUGCUAUCGCGAUCGCACGUACACCAUCCUUCUCUGACCCCAACACUCUAAAACAGCAGGUAGAUACCAAAGCACACCACGCAAAUCAGCAUCUUAAACACGCGGAUCCGGGUGCUAUUCCUGAGCUGUACGAUAUUCCUAUCGGAAUGGUCAAUCGUGUGGUGUAUGGACCCCACCGCUCGCGAAAUGAAAUGAGACCGUCAGGAGAAAGCUCGAGCAAGGCUGACAAAGUCCAAGAAUCCCCUAAAACCCCAUAA